AAACUUAAAAUGCAAAAUUACGAGGGUGUACUGAAAUAAUUGCAAACUAUACUGCAAAUUGGGAUUUUUCCCAAAUUCCUCAAUCGACAACAUAAAUAACUACCACCAACCAACCAAAACAGACCCAACCCAGAUCCAGACCCCGGCCCAUUUAACCAUCUCCGAUGGGUUUGUCUGUCCACUCCGGCGACGCCGACUCCGCCCUCCUCCUCCCCACAACCGCCGACAACAGCACCACCACCACUUCAUCUCCAAGAGCAAUGUUUAUCAACAACAAAGUCCCACAAGACUCAUUCCACUUCGCCUACAUAAUCUACUUCACCUUAGGCCUCGGAUUCCUCCUCCCAUGGAACGCCUUCAUCACUGCCGUCGACUACUUCUCCCACAUCUACCCCGACGCCAGCGUCGACCGGAUCUUCGCCGUCGUCUACAUGCUCGUCUGCCUCGUCUUUCUCCUCCUCGUCAUCUUCUUCUCACAUAACUCCGACGCCUACCCGCGGAUCAACGCCGGCCUCGCCCUCUUCGUUGUCGCCAUGCUCGUCGUCCCCGUCAUGGACGCCGUAUAUAUUAAGGGUCGGGUCGGGUUGUACGCCGGGUUUGACGUGACGGUUGUGGCGGUGGCGCUGUCGGGAGUGGCCGACGCGUUGGUGCAGGGCGGGAUCAUUGGCUCCGCUGGUGAGCUGCCGGAGAGGUACAUGCAAGCUGUCGUCGCUGGUACUGCGGCUUCAGGCGUCUUGGUUUCAUUUCUAAGGAUCCUAACCAAAGCUGUGUAUCCACAAGAUGCUUACGGCCUUAGGAAAAGCGCGAACCUCUAUUUUGCUGUUUCAAUAGUUGUCAUGGUCAUUUGCGUUGUUUUCUACAAUUUGGCACCUAGGCUUCCAGUCAUGAAGUACUAUAGAGAGUUAAAAGUUGAGGCUGUGAAUGAGGAGAAAGAGGAGAAAGGUCCUCUGACCGGAGCUGUAUGGAGAUCGACUUUGUGGGACAUAGUUGGGAGAGUCAAGUGGUAUGGAUUUGGCAUUGUCCUGAUCUACCUUGUAACCUUGUCAAUAUUCCCGGGAUACAUCACGGAAGAUGUGCAUUCUGAGAUUCUCCAGGAUUGGUAUUCGGUCCUGCUGAUUGCCGGCUACAACGUGUUCGACUUGGUUGGCAAGUCACUAACUGCAUUGUAUCUCCUUGAAAAUGAAAAGUUUGCAAUUGGCGCAACUGUUGUGAGAUUGUUGUUCUUCCCUCUCUUCUACGGGUGCUUGCAUGGCCCAGAAUUUUUCCGGACUGAGAUUCCGGUGAUGAUUCUCACUUGCCUCCUGGGACUUACCAAUGGCUAUUUGACUAGUGUGUUGAUGAUUUUGGCUCCCAAAGUUGUGCCAUUGCAACAUGCUGAGACUGCAGGGAUUGUGAUUGUAUUGUUCCUAGUUAUUGGUCUGGCUUUUGGGUCAAUUGUAGCUUGGUUUUGGGUUAUCUGAAUUUCCUAGCAAUUUCUAAAAUAUUUGAUGCUGGAUUUCAUACUAGUGGAUGGGGGAAAAAUGACCUCUUUUGGCUCUCUCAUCCUGUUAAAGCUGUGUAAAUCUUUUAUUGUUGUAAAACUAUUUCUAUUGGGUGUUAAAUGUUAAUAGUACAUUACUGCUCUUAUUGUUUUUCAA